AUGGCGAUCGACAUGCUUGGUGGAAUUUUCAGUGAUCUAUCGCUCGCCUUUAAAUCGCAAUUUGACGUGAUUGCGGCCGUGACUUAUUCUGUCGUCGUGGUCAUGGACGGUGCAGUGUUAGUUCUUGCACUAAUAUUAAAUCCCAUCGCCCGCCGGCGUCGCAAACGAGCGGCGCUAACCACUGUGGAUGUACCUGACGAGUACAGCGAACCUGCCGACGUCGAGCUUGUGGCUAGUGACCCUCCUGCCGAACCGUCGUCAGCUCCGUUGGCGUCACGGUGCGAGAAAGAUGGAAUUUCACCAGCUGAAGGCUUGCCAACACAUCAAACAAACCAUGUAGAGGAGAUCACGCUCAAUGAGAGGGCGGAAAGCUAUCCAUGCACCAUCUCAUGCCUUGACAAAUGA